AUGCUGCCGAGCACUCUGCGCACGGCGAGCCUGCGUACGGCGCGUGGCGCUAUGCGCUCGAGUGUUCCGCUUCCUCGCGUGCUGGCGCGCACUCUGGCGACGGAGGCGGAGAAGCCGAACCCGACGUUCUCGGCGACGACGGUCGAGGACCUGCAGGGCUUUGAUGCCUCGACGCUGCUGCGUGAGGAUGGCUCGUCGCAGGAUGCGCGUCUGCGCCACUUUACGGUGAAUUUCGGUCCGCAGCACCCUGCCGCGCACGGUGUGCUUCGUCUGAUCAUGGAGCUGAACGGCGAGGAGAUUCUGCGUGUGGAUCCGCACGUUGGCCUGCUGCACCGUGGUACGGAGAAGCUGAUCGAGUACAAGACGUACACGCAGGCGCUGCCGUACUUUGACCGUCUCGACUACAGUUCGAUGAUGACGAACGAGCUGUGCUUCGCCCGCGCGGUCGAGAAGCUGCUGAACAUUGAGGUGCCAGAGCGUGCCAAGUGGAUCCGCACCAUGUUUGGUGAGCUCACUCGUAUCUCGAACCACUGCAUGGCCGUGCUCUCGCACGUCAUGGACGUGGGUGGUCUGACGCCCUUCGUGUGGGGCCUCGAGGAGCGUGAGAAGAUCAUGGAGUUUUACGAGCGUGUCUCGGGUGCGCGUAUGCACGCUGCGUACGUGCGUCCUGGCGGUGUAACGUACGACCUGCCGCCGGGCCUGCUGGACGACAUCUACCACUGGUGCACGCAGUUUGGCGGCCGUGUUGACGAGAUUGAGGAGCUGGUGACGGCGAACCGUGUGUGGAAGGAGCGCACGAUCGGUAUCGGCACGGUCACGGCGAAGGAGGCGCUCGACUAUGGCUUCAGCGGUGUGAUGCUGCGUGGCAGCGGCAUCCCGUGGGACAUCCGCAAGGUGGCGCCGUACGAUGCGUACGACCAGGUCGACUUUGACGUGCCGGUUGGCAAGAACGGCGACUGCUACGACCGCUUCAUCUGCCGUAUCGAGGAGUUCCGGCAGUCGCUGCGCAUCAUCCACCAGUGCCUGAACAAGAUGCCGGCCGGCCAGAUCAAGGUGGACGACCACAAAAUUGCGCCGCCGUCGCGUGCGAUGAUGAAGGACAGCAUGGAGAGUCUGAUCCACCACUUUAAGCUGUUUUCGGAGGGCUACGCUGUGCCGCCGGGCGAGACGUAUAGCGCGAUCGAGGCGCCGAAGGGCGAGAUGGGCGUGUAUCUCGUGUCGAACGGCACGAACCGCCCGUACCGCUGCUCGAUCUCGGCGCCUGGCUUCCGCCACCUCGCGGGCGCUGACUUUGUCGCGCGCCACCACUAUCUGCCGGACAUGGUGGCCAUCAUCGGUACGAUGGACCUGGUGUUUGGUGAGGUCGACAGGUAG